GUUUGUUGCGUACGCUUUGCAAAAUAUAUUCCGCGAAAUAACUUUACACCGCAUCGCAAACACGCGUUCCUUUCAUCGAACAGACAGAUACUUUAAGCAGAAAGAUAUAAUCAACACUUUAAAUCCAAGAUGUCCAGCAAUAAUGAGCAGGUGAAACAGUUCGCACAGAUUACCGGUGCAUCGGAAGAAAGAGCAAAAUUUUUCGUUGAUGCAGCCAACGGCGAAUUACAGGUUGCGCUGAGCAACUUUUACGAGGGAGAAAACGAUGACGCUGAUAUUUCGGACGAGGAGAAUCCUCCCGCGGAGCCGUCGAUUCAAUUUGCUCGUGCAGAAAAAACAAAGGGAAAGAAAGCGCCCAAACCACAGUCAAACAUUGCAACCCUGCAUACACUUCAUUCGUCCUCGUCGGAAGAUGAAGAAGAGCAGGGCCAAGCAUUCUAUGCAGGUGGUUCGGAACGUUCCGGCCAGCAGGUGCUAGGUCCACCGAGAAAGAAUCCGAUCAAGGAUUACGUGUCGGAGAUUUUCCGAUCCGCUCAGCAGGGUAAUUUGGAAACGUUUGAUCCGUCGGAUGAAAGCGGUGGUUCUAGCUGGUCACUUUAUGCCGGUACCGGAUACCGUCUUGGGCAGACGGAAGACGAUCACCAGGAAGUUGCACCUCGUGGAGCACGGACAGCAGCUAGUGCGCAAAAUUUGGAAAUCGUAACGCUUACUCUGUGGCGUCAAGGAUUUGUAAUCAACGAUGGCGAGCUUCGUUUGUACGAAGAUCCAGCAAACCGGGAAUUUUUCGAAUCCAUCACCAGGGGAGAAAUUCCGGAGGAACUCCGUUCGAAGGGACAAACGAUGUUCCGUGUAGACUUGAAAGACAACCGUCACGAGGAGUAUGUGAAGCGUAGCAAGCCGUUUAAAGCGUUUGGUGGUUCCGGUCAAACACUUGGUAGUCCUGUACCGCCUAUGGCAACGGCCGGCAGUAGCAGCAGUGGCAACAGCAAUACUACCAAUUCCAGCAGUGUAGCCGGCAACAACGAAGAAAAUGAAAAGCGCGCAUCAGACGAACUUGCCCUGGACAGUAGCCAACCAACGACGAUGCUCCAGAUUCGAUUGGCCGACGGUAGCCGGCUGUCAGCACGUUUCAACCAAACGCACACAGUUGAACACGUGCGCCGUUACAUUGUAAACGCCCGGCCACAAUAUGGGGCUCAGAAUUUCGCCCUCAUGACAACGUUUCCCAGCAAGGAGCUAAGCGAUGGUGCGCAAUCGCUAAAGGAAGCCGGAUUGCUGAAUGCCGCAAUAAUGCAGCGAUUGAACUAGUUUUGAGAGAAGAAUUUUGGAACAGCAGAUAAUAAGCUUCAUGAAGAUUUUUUCCGCAGCUGUCGUACCGUGGCAUGUGAGACUGUCUGCCCCCUAAAUAACACUAUUAUUAGUAUUGGUCCAUUUUGGUGGAACAGAAAAGCUUAGAUUUAUUAAUUUUGAUCCAACAAUGAAUUCAUCUCAUUUUCCCCUACAUCGUGAACGUGAUAGAUUAAUCGUGUUGCCAUUGGCGACAUGUUGCUAUUCAUUGUUUCCCACGCGACAAGAUGCAUGAUGACGAAUGCGCAGCAGACCAAUUCCCUGAUGUUUGAGAAACAAUUGUGAUAAAUCUGAUGGAAAUUUGUAUCGUUGCAGCUUGUGGAAAUAUACGAUCAUGACGAUG